GAUAAAGUUUGAAUAAAUCAAGAUGGCCAAAAAUUGACGAAAACAACUUUCAUUUCCUAUCGAUUUCUUUUUAAUUAUCGCCGAAAGAGAAAUUGAUUCUUUAUUAAUAAAAAUUGGUAUUGUUUAGAAAAACAAAAUACGUCAUUUUUUCAGUGACUGUAAAACGAGACAUUUUUAGAAUUACAGGAAAUCAGGUUCUGCUUUUCUUUACGAUUUACGGAUAUGACAUAAAUUCGGAUAAAAAUUAAAAUUCAUGAUUAGCAAAAGUAUUAUCGAUAUACAGAGAUGACUAGUGUAAAGAAUAUAGCAUCUUGCCAGGAGAGACAUUUUGAGACUAUUUAUAAUAAUGUAAACAGAUCAGUUGUGUUUAUUGACACAGUAUCUGCCGAACUACUACAUUGGCAAGGGGGUCUUCUCAAACUUAUAAAUGCUGGAGCAACUGGUCUGAAGGAGUUUUCUUCUUUUGAGAGUGGGUCAAAAGAUCAGAAGAAAGGUGUUUUCAUCAUAAACAGUCUGUUAGAAGGUGUGACAAGAGAAAUAUUAAAAGAUAUUAUACAGGCUAGCAGCUUCCAGUAUGUGGUAGUAUUCACCAGUCAAAGUGCGGCACUACAUGUUUACAGUCGGUCUGGUGUGGUUGAGGAGGAAUCCGACUUCUUUGACCAGGUUGAGGAGAGACUUCUAGAAUGGAUGGGAAAUAUGAACUUCACUGCAGAGGUGUUUCAUGUACCAUUAUCUUCUAUCAAUUUGGGUAACUCUUUAUUCCUUACACCAGGAUAUUCAAGGUUGUUUCCCUUGAUCGGCUCAGAUCUUCAUCAAAUUGAGCUGCAAUAUAAUUCGAAGCAUGAAAAAAAUGAGAUGAGAGAUUUUGGAACUUUAAAAGAUGUGGAUUUUCCCUCUUUACCCAAAGAAUUACAAAUGUUUUAUAAGAGUUUUAUAUCUAGUUUAGAUACAUUACUAUCCGAUCUUGGUGUCAAGGAAGAUAUAUUUUCUAUGGGAUAUACAAGUGCAAUUUUAGCUUCAGAAUUAGAGGCGUACCCUCCAGCUAAAACAAGAAGAAAAACAUUAUCAGAUCGAGCCUCCGUCGUAUUUAUAGAUCGUACCCUGGAUUUAGCCUCGGUGACAUCAUACAACACUGAAAGUCUAUUGGAUAAAAUACAGCAGGUGUUACCAAGGUUACCAGGUCAUGUGACUGAUGUCAGUGUUGAUAUGUCAUCACUGUGUAAAGUUCACAGGGAACAUGGAGCGGAAACUAUUUCAUCAGGUUGCCUAGCAACCCAGACUGUGUCCCAGUCUCAUUUACAGACUCUCAUUACUGGUAGAAAUAAGGAAGCAUUGAUGGAAGUGAACAGACAGCUUAUAGAAGCAGCCUCAUCCUGUAACCUACCCGUCAGUCUAACAGGUAAACCUACACGAGUAUCUGCGGAACAGUUGAACGCCACACUGUCUGUUUUCAGAGGAAAAUAUAAGGAAAUCUCCAAGCAUCUUGAUUGGCUGCAGGUUUCUAUGGCAACAUAUCAAACAUUGAGUAAUCCCAUAAUGCAUCACUGUGAUGAAAUGAUCAGUGUGGAGAAAGGCUUGCUUCAGUCUCUAGUUGAUCCGGAUGGGCCAGGAGCUUUGAGUCAAGUUUUACAAAUGAUACAGAAGAAAAAGGAAAAGGAAGACACAUGGAUGUACAGUUUAGAUGACAUAUUGUGUAUCCUAGUGUUUGUUUAUUCACUUGGAGGUUCCACUCUUCUCUCCCAGAUGGACGAAGAAGCUGCAUUACAGGAGAUGAUUCUAGACAGAGUUAUCCAAGAGAAAUCACAGUUACCUCCCCUGAUGAGAUCCAUAGUUGGAGAUAUAGUCACAGAUAGGUCUAUUGUGUCGGACAUACUGGAGGACCUGUGGGAAAAGUUGUCUUCUAUCUCUGUGUCCCGGGAACACCUUAGUCAGUUCAAAAAUGUCCUUGACCCUGGGUCAGCAAUAAGUCCUGCCUCCCAGAAUCCUCUUCUGAAACAACUGGUGGAGGCCAUGUUGGAUCCUGACAAGCCAGAGAUCGUUGAUCUAGAAUUUAAAUCAUCUGGCUUAAGAGAUAAAUUGAAGUCUGGAUUCGGAUUGUUUCGAGGUGUUUCUAAGCCACGUCCUAGUGAUCACCCUUUGAUGAUACUCUUCAUUGUUGGAGGUGUAAAUUGUACGGAAGUGAAGCAGAUUAAAGACGUAUUUAAUCAUUACAAACCAGGGUGUCAGAUAAUGGUGGGGAGUACACGACUUCUGUCUCCGAGAGAAACAGUGAUGUCUGCCCUGUGUCAGAAUAACAUCAUUCCUUUUGAAAUAUCGUAACACUAACAGUUAGCAGUUUAGAGAAAGAAAAACACAAGCCAUAUUUAUCGCUCAACAUUUAUUUAUUUUAGAAUUGGUGAUCGUUACUACAAAACCUCAGUCGGUGCAAUUUCUUGAAAAAAAUGUUUUAAAUGCUUUACUUAAGACUCUGAUAGGCUCUAGAAUGUUUGUUAAAAAAAAAGAAUUUUGUUGAAGAAGACAAAAAAUACAAUAAAAUCUUUAAUAAACUUAAUUGUUAGAAAAGACUAUCUGAUUUAUCCAAUAAUAAAUGUAGGUUUGAUCAUAGGGUUUUAUCUGAAAUUGAAAUUAAGAGAUUAAAUAUCGUUUCAAUGCACAGUGUUUAUCAGUUAAUAAGUCAAUUUAGACUUAUAUUGGAAAACACAUUAAAGUUCUCCUGUAUAGUUAAUACAAGAAAUGAUUCGAGUUUUAUGCAAUAAUACUUUAAAGUGUUUUCAGAUACAAGUCUGUGUUAACAUAUUAAUCACAGGGAUGGGGCAUAUUUGACCCCAAAGGAAUAUAGCCAAUGAUUUCAAUAGAGAGCAAUGGAAGGAUACUAAAAGCCAAAUAUUUAUGCUCUGUGUAUUAAAAUGUUGGAGGAAAAGACUUGUAAGACAUGUUUAAUAUAAGUGGAAACGGACAAAAGCCUUCCCGUAACAAAAAUAUAUAUGUAUGUUAAACAUCUGCUUUUUUCCAAGGCAAGAACAUAUUAAAAUUGUAACAUAU